ACCUAUAAAUACCCAACUCAACCACAUGCACCAUCAAAAAACCAUCUCCUCUGUGUUUUACUCUCAGAUUUAAGAUUCAUGGGCUCUUCUUUGUUGGAGAGAUCAUCAUCAUCUUUCGUUCUUGUAGCUUCCUUAAGAUCUUUGUUUGAUCAUCGGUUCAAUAACCAGAAACAGAAGAAGCUAUCAUUUUCUCCUAUUUUGGUUCCUUUGGAGAAGAGAAGGUUGCACUCAACCAAUAUUGGCUCUUCGCUGCCUCUGCUGACUGCAAGUUUGGAGACGUUGCUGGGAUGGCAAGGACAACAAAACGGUAUUUUACCAUUUCAAGUUCCAAAAACUAAUUCACAUAAAAUUAAAAAUAAAUGGUUUGUCAAGCAAAGUUUUCAACAUCAUUCACCAAGACUUUCAGCCUUACCUGAUGAUCAAAAGAGUAUGGAGAAGCUGUUGGAUGAGCACAAAAGGUCCAAGUGCAAGAGUUCAUUGAGAAGUCAGGAUGGUUACACUGGCCAAACUGGCCUUUCAAAGGCAAUAAAUACAUUUUUAUUGUUCACUCGCCCUUAUGCUUCGUUUGGCAUUAUUGUUGGGAUAAUAUCAGCUUCUCUUAUUCCAGUAGAAACUAUUUCUGAUCUUUCUCCCAAUUUUUUUUUGGGAGUACUCCAGGCUGUGAUUGCAAGAAUGUUGAUGCAAACUUAUGUUAGUGGAAUAAACCACUUGUAUGAUGUUGAAAUUGACAAGAUUAAUAAAAAACAUUUUCCAUUGGCUUCUGGGGAUUACUCAAUUGAAACUGCUUGGGCCAUUACUUGCACAGUUACCUUGCUGAGCUUUGGUAUCGGAUUUAUGUCUCAAUCAGCAGCACUUCUAUGUGGCCUACUCAUGCAUUUUAUAAUUGGAAGUGCAUAUUCCAUUGAUCUUCCUUUUCUUAGAUGGAAAAGAAAUCCCAUACUUGCAGCACUAAGCAUUGUGUUUCUACAUAGUCUCUCUGUCUAUAUCCCCAAUUUCAUAAAUGUUCAGAGAUACUUACUUGGAAGGUCAAUUGUGAUUACAAAGCCAGUGCUACUUACAACAGUUGUAAUGUGUAUACACUCUAUUGCUGUUGCAAUAUUAAAGGACAUAUCAGAUACAGAAGGAGACAAAGAGAAUGGCAUUAAAACCUUCAGCACUGAACUUGGAAGAAAAAAAGCAUUCUUUCUUGGCAUCAGUGUCCUUCUAAUAGAAUAUGGAAUUGCUAUCAUAGUAGGAGCUUUUUCUGCUUCUACUUUAUUUAGCAAGUUUGUCUCUGUAGCAGGUCAUGUUGUGCUUGCUUUAGCUCUAUGGUUUCGUUCUAGAUCUGUUGAUGUCAUGAACAAUUCAGCAGCAUUUUCCUUUUACAUGUUCAUUUGGAAGCUAUUCUAUGCUGGGAACGUCCUCAUACUAUUUUAUCGCUAAGAAGAACAAAUAUAUAGGUAAAAGAAGUGACUUAGUUUACAAUUGGAUUUGGAUCUGAUAUUUGUAAUUCAACAACUCCCUAAUGUAGUUCGUGAGAUUGUGGUGUGUAAAGCCAACAUUCACCAAGAGAUCUCAAGUUCAAGUUUGCCUUCCCCGUUCCUUCUUCCAUAGUGUAUCCACCUAAAAUAAUAUUUGUAGUUCACAUUUCUUUUUAUUUUUUUAUUUUCCUUUCGAACAA